CGACGGGCGUCGAGAGGCGAACGAACGGCCGAUCACCAUCCACGGAGUAGAUCCGCAGCUGUGAUUUUUUUUUCCUCAUUACAUACGGCGAUACGUGGUACCCAUAGGCUUAUUAUACCCAGUCACACUGCGUGUGACAUACGAAGGAAAAGAAGAGGAAAAACUACUCUUCGAUUGGGUCGUUUGAACUUUGUGUCGAGGUGGACGUUGUUCAAGGCUGGUUCGUGCCAAGGGAGAGACGUUCGUUUAUUACCUACCUAACCGAGAACCCGUGACGACGACGAAGACGACGACGACGAGGACGUGGAGGAGGACGAGGACGAGGAGGAGGAGCAGGAGAACGAUUGAUAUCGCACGCAUAAAUUCUUCGGCGAAAUAUAACAAAUAUAACGCACUUGCCAGGAUUCAACUUGGAUAAAUAGAUUCGGAUAAAGGGAGUGAAUCAUCACCAUGGAGGCGAUAGCGAAACACGAUUUCAAUGCGACGGCCGACGACGAGCUCAGCUUUCGUAGGAGUCAAGUAUUGAAGAUUUUAAACAUGGAAGACGACAUGAAUUGGUACAGAGCAGAAUUGGACUCUAGGGAAGGCUUGAUACCGAGCAAUUACAUUGAGAUGAAGAAUCACGACUGGUAUUACGGGAGAAUAACAAGAGCAGAUGCGGAAAGGCUUUUGAUGAACAAACGCGAAGGUGCGUUUCUUAUCAGAAUCAGCGAGAGUUCUCCCGGGGAUUUUUCCCUGUCAGUCAAAUGCUCGGACGGCGUUCAGCAUUUCAAAGUCCUCAGAGACGCGCAAGGCAAGUUCUUCCUUUGGGUAGUCAAAUUCAACAGUCUUAACGAGCUUGUCGAAUAUCAUCGCACCGCAUCAGUAUCUCGUUCUCAGGACGUGAAAUUGCUUGAUAUGAAACCAGAGGAGUGCUUGGUCCAGGCGCUCUAUGAUUUUGCACCCCAGGAACCCGGAGAACUUGAAUUCAGACGAGGCGACGUCAUCACAGUUACAGAUCGCACUGACCAGCAUUGGUGGCACGGAGAGAUUGGCAGCAGACGGGGACUCUUCCCAUCGACUUACGUUACGCAGUAUCACUCCUAGUUUUGAACAAAAACAGGCCACGCAGAGUGCCCAAAGGAGACGACAACCUCCGUCAUCAUCGUCAUCGUCAUCUUAUCCUGCAACAAUUACCUACAGAAUUCGUAUAACUGCGGAAUUGAUCAACAACAUUCUUCAAACUACGCCAAUGGAGUGGGCGUUUAGAAUGUAUUGGUGGUCCAGGCGCAGGGCUUUGUAGCUCUUUGAUAUAGGGCAUUGAAAUGAUUGUGAAAUUUUCGUUUCAUCAGUUUUUAAUUUCAGAAAAUUUCGUUGAUCACUGUCUGUUUUUUAUUUCUCCCCUCUCUCUUUCGCUUUCGUUUCUUUUGGAAUCCAUCUUUUCUAUCGGCAAUAUUUCGAUCAUUGCGUUCGUCUCACUUCGGAGAAACUUUAUACUUACACAGGCACGCAAAAAUGUGUCGGGUUACAUGAAGAGGUGAAACAAGAGAGAGAGAGAGGAAGAAAGUAGAAUCUACGGAAUUAACACGUGAAAAUAAACAAAUGGAUCAAGGACUGAUGGCUCGCAAGCUUGACAACAAGAUUUAAUAUUAAUAAUUUCUUAGCCUGCUUCUGUGGUUUUAACUGCUAACGAAUCCAAUGUUACACAAUCGAUUUGACGGAGACCUGAUUCAUCGCCAUAAUGUAAUAAGCGCAUUGUAUUCGAGAACUCGAGAACUGGAUCGGUUACUCCUAUUUUCUUAUCAUUCAUAUUUUUGUUUUUCUUGUAUCUUUGUGUAAUUGUAUGUUUCCAUGCUUGCAUUGUAAUGUCAGUAUAGACUGCUGACUUAUCGAAAGUGUUUAGAGAGAAAGAGAGAUAGAGAGAGGCAGAAGGAGAGAGAGAUAUCUAUAUAAAUCGGAGCAUCGUUUGUUUAUGUAUAUAUAUAAAUACAUAUAUACAUAUACACACAUAUAUAUAUAUAUAUAUAUGUAUAUGCGUAAUAUUUAUAUAUGUAUAUAUGUAUUUUCAGGACUUUCGAUUAGUAGUAACCUGACAUCGAUAUCCACCGACUUUGCUUUGAUUUAUCGUAACGUUUAAACCUAUUAUUCUCUUCUUAUUAUUGCAUUUUAUUUUAUUACGACGUAUUUGUCUUUUGUUUCUCAUUUUAAAUAAUAAACAUGUUCCUUGUUAUGAUUGUCUUUCCGUUUUUUUUUCAAAUUAAAUUUAUUACACGGAGCCGACGAUAACAACAACAUCGACAAUGUCCACGAAGAUUAUAAAAAUCCAAAUCGUUAAAUGUUUCAUCUUUCAAGAAAGCGUUGCUUGAAUUCUGUUCAUUUCUAUCUAUUAUAUUUGACCAUAUCUAAAGUUGUGUUUCCGAAAUUUUCGUAUCUUUACUGUUUUAGACUAGGCAAUAAAUUAUUACCGUUGAUUCUAUAAUUAAACGAUUCAGCCAUAGCUUUUUCUUUUUUUUUGUCUGAUUGUUCACGAAUAUCUUCUGCGCUAAUCAUAGAUUUCCUUAUCUUCGUCUUCUUUUCCUUCGCCUUCAUCUGUCACCGGUUUUUCCGUUGUUGUUGUUGAAAUAUCUUUCUCAUAUUUACAGGUAGAGAAAGACAAUUAUCCUGAGAUGUAUAAUACUAAUAGGUAACAGGUGGCUUACACAAUAUUUACACGAAUACCUAAAUAUACAUGUAAUACUGUGUGUCGUAAUAUGUGAUGGCGGGAACGGAGGGUUGAGAGAGGGAAGAACAAUUUUCCACCUCCAUGCACACGACACGACGGAACAUGACACUUUGACUUCACAUUCAAUAGCAUCGGCUGGUUAUUAAACACGUACCUAAGCAUAUUAUUAUCGCGUACACGAUGUAUACGUAUAUAGCAGACACGUGUUAGUUUCAUAAAUUUUUACAGGAGAACAAAUUUCAGUAUAUAUAUAUAUAUAUUCAGGAAUGAUCAUUUAAAAAUUGAUGGAUAGCAGUCUUAAUAUCAUUAUGUUAGACAAAAUUAAAGGUCGUGGGAUUUGUUCCAUUCUUUCUACCCCUGAAAAAGUUUUUAUCUUUCAGUCAAACAUCUUGACCAUCUUUAACCAAUUCUACCGAUUGGAAAUUAGUAGUAUCCAGUAGUAUGAAACUAAUUUCUUCCCUAAAUAAGCAUGGUGAAAAAUUAUUACACAUAUACACACACCCUCAAAGCGAACGGUAUCGAAAAUGCGAAAAUGGAAUGACAAUAUAAAUAAUGAACACAUAACCGGGCGAAAAAUAAGAAAACAAGAGAACGAUGAAUGAAUAAAUGAAUAAAUAAAUAAAUUAAAUAAAUCAAUAAUAAACAAAUAAAAUAGAAUAAAAUAUAAGAAAUAUUGUAUGUAUAUUUUUUAAGAGUUAUAUAAUUUUUCUAACGAUCUUCAUAAUUGUCCAUCCUGUUUUCUUUGUAAACAUUAUUAUUAUUAUUAUUAUCAUUAUUAUUAUUAUUAUUAUUACUACCACUACUACAAU